GAUUAUUAGCAUUUGGUUUUAAUUUUGAUUUUGCUUCGCCCUCGUGUUUCUCUCUGUACUACUUCGUAUCUCUUCCUGUUCGCUUCUCCAAAACCCAAAACCCUAGUUCUCACUUCCCCACACCAUGAACUGCUCCAUUUCCGGCGAGGUUCCGGAAGAGCCUGUGGUGUCCAAAAGCUCCGGUCUUCUGUUCGAGAAGAGAUUAAUCGAGAGACACAUACAGGAUUAUGGGAAGUGUCCAGUUACCGGAGAGCCACUUACUCUGGACGACAUUGUAUCGAUCAAUACAGGCAAGAUAGUGAAGCCCAGACCAGUGCAAGCAGCUAGCAUCCCUGGCAUGCUCGGAAUGUUCCAAAAUGAAUGGGAUGGGUUGAUGCUAUCUAACUUUGCACUGGAGCAACAAUUACAUACAGCAAGGCAAGAGCUAAGUCAUGCUCUAUAUCAGCAUGAUGCUGCUUGCCGCGUGAUUGCAAGAAUUACUAAAGAACGAGACGAAGCUAGGUCUAUACUUGCACAGGCAGAACAACAGUUCCCUAUUUCUACACCAAAUGCUGCGACAGCGAAUGCCCCUGUUCACAGCAAUGGGAAAAGAGCUGCUGAUGAUGAGGAACUGGCACCUAAUGCAAAGAAAUUACAUCCUGGGAUAUCUUCAAGCAUAAUUACUGAGCUAACGGACUGCAAUGCUGCUCUUUCACAGCAGAGGAAAAAGAGACAGAUUCCUGCGACCUUGGCUCCUAUUGAUGCUCUAGAGACGUAUACCCAGAUAUCGAGUCACCCCUUUCACAAAACUAGCAAACAAGGCAUUAUAUCUCUUGAUAUCCUUCAUUCUAAGGACUUAAUUGCAACUGGAGGUUUUGAUUCAAAUGCUGUUAUUUUUGACCGUCCAUCAGGACAAAUAUUGGCUACCCUCAGCGGCCACUCUAAAAAGGUUACCAGUGUGAAGUUUGUAGGUCAGGGAGAAUCCGUAAUAACUGGUUCAGCAGAUAAGACAGUUCGAUUGUGGCAAGGAUCAGAUGAUGGUAACUAUAACUGCAGACAGAUAUUGAGGGAUCAUUCGGAUGAGGUUAAAGCCGUCACCGUCCAUGCCACCAAUAAUUACUUUGUGACUGCAUCACUUGACGGCACUUGGUGCUUUUAUGAACUGUCUUCAGGCACUUGUCUGACUCAGGUUUCGGACUCUUCUCAAGGCUACACAUCUGCAGCUUUUCAUCCUGAUGGUCUUAUUCUUGGAACAGGCACUACAGAUUCUCUUGUUAAGAUCUGGGAUGUAAAAAGUCAGGCAAAUGUUGCCAAGUUUGAUGGACAUGUGGGGGAUGUAACUGCAAUAUCAUUUUCUGAGAAUGGAUACUACCUUGCGACUGCAGCUCGCGAUGGUGUAAAGCUUUGGGAUCUACGUAAAUUGAAAAAUUUCAGGAAUUUCGCUCCAUAUGACGCAGACACUCCAACGAACUCUGUGGAGUUUGACCACAGCGGGUCCUACCUUGCAGUUGCUGGCUCUGAUGUAAGGAUAUACCAAGUUGCAAAUGUGAAAUCUGAAUGGAGCUUGAUCAAAACUUUUCCUGAUUUAUCAGGAACAGGGACAUCCACUUGUGUAAAAUUUGGUCCAGAUUCGAAAUACUUGGCAGUUGCAUCAUUGGAUCGGAAUCUUCGAAUAUUUGGCCAACCUGAUGAAAGUAUUCCUGCGGAUUCAUAAAACACGACAGUUGCAUAGUUUUGGCUCUGGAGUGAGAGUUGCCUGCCUGCUAUUAAUGCUUGACCUAAUUUCAUUGGUUAGAAAAGUAAAUGAAAGUUUUGGUUUAUUUGAUUAUAUUCAGUUUCGGUCCUCCACAUACCAAGUGGGAAAGGAGCCAAUAUAUAUGCACUCCAGGCUUUCUGCAGCAACAUUCAUAUGCCUUUGUUCUGUCUUCUGAUCUAAAAACAAGCUGUAAUAUUUGUGUUGUCAUGAAAAUAUGAAGCCUGUAUUGUCAUCGGAUAAUUUGUAACUUGAGUUUACUUACUAGUGAGAUGAUUGUAAUCUGUUAGCCAUUGCUACUGGAAAUUUACAUGGAUGUUAAUUGUUAGACAUUAAUAACUUUUUGUUUUCU